GACAUUUCACCCAAUCUGGUUUAUCUACUUCUGGAUAUUCAACAUAGUCGUUCCGCUGACACGUCAUCCUUAUCUCCUUCUUCUUCGUCAUCUCCCGCUUUUUGUAUAUUCGAUUCGUUAUUUCGUAUUGGCUUAGUGAAACAAUUAAUUUUAAAUGAACCCGAUAUGAUGAUGAUGAUCAAUGAUUUCAAUGGUCUAUCGAUUGAUUUCACUUAUAUUAUUGGUUCUGUGUACAAUGAAUCGGUAGCGUUACGGACGGAUGUACGUGACAUUAUCGAUUGGUUUAUUUCACCGCUGCGAUUACUCACGCAAUCAAACGGUUUAGCGGAGAAAAAAUGUUGUGGAUGUGACGCAGAUGCACAAGUUCCAUUGUCAAUUCCAAUCUUUUGUUUAUCAUUGAUUAGACCAUUACCAGUGGAGAAUGUUAUGAAACUUUUGGCUGAUACCACAAUCAUACUUGUAAAUACAUUACAAUCUCCUACUGAAUUCAAUGCAGAAACUCAAAUCACCACAGCAGAUAAAGAACGCAUAUUUCAAUUAUUGGCUGUAGUACAAGCUAUACAAAAACUUGCAUUCAAAAACAAUGAACAUUUUAUCAAACAAUUUUCUAUAUCCCCAUAUCAAUUAUCCUUUGAAAAAUUAUGUUCUAUAGCUGUGUAA